UGCGCAGCCACCUGGGUUGAACCAUAGCCAGGAGACGCAGGGGUGUCUCGGCCGAAAACGCGAAUAUAAUAACCACCAGUUACAGUUUACAUGAAUAAAAACAAGUGGUGCGUAUUUAAUAAACUCUAUAAAAUAUGUGUUGAUGUUAUCACUCUGUUAUUAACAUACGUGAUGCAGUGGUUUACAAAAUCUUUUAUUCCGGCCCCCCCCUCCUCUGCGGAUGGGAAUGGUCCAUCCAGGAAGCAUGUCCCAGUGUUUGGUAAAAUACCAACAACAAACUGUCGCUUCUCUGCAGCGACUCGUUCCUCUUCUCCUCCACUGUCGCGACUGUGUUCACGUCAUUUCGCGUCGUUAUCUUGUCUCACGUUGUGUCCGUGUUGUGGUGAGAAGCUACCGGAGCUGCGGUGUGUGUCUGCGUGUGACCCGGAGCAGGACGUGUAGCUCCGGCUGCUUGUUUCUCCCUCUUGUUGUUUUUGUUUCGUGCGGACCAGCCUCCACUGAGCAGCCGACAUGUCGGAUCUGAUCCUGCUGCUGCUGAUGGUGGCUCUCCUCGUGUGUCUGCUGGUGACGGUGGGGGGCUUCCUGCUCUACUCGGGGCUCCUGUCAGACGUGCUCAUAAAGACCGGGCCCCCUCCCAUCAGGAACGUGACCAUCGCCUACAAGUUCAAGGAGGGGUCGUACAAAGACUGCGGGGCUGCCUUCACGGAGAGCUGCAGCAUCGGACCCAAGCUCAGCUCCAUCGGUGUCUUCUACGAUGACCCCAAACAGAGGCCGUCAGAGAAGUGUCGCUACGUGGUGGGCAGUGUCCUGUGUGAGGGUGAAGAGAAGCCGGAUCAAGAGCUGCAGAAGCUGUACGAGACGUUUGGCUUCAAGGUGUUUUCUCUUCCAGAAGUGAGCCACGCUGUGACCACCAGCUUCCCCUGCACCACCCCUCUGUCCCACGUGCUGGGACCUUACAGGGUCUACCCGAGCCUUGCUUCUUACAUUGAGGAGAGGAAGCUAUGUGCGUUCCCAAUGAUUGAGAUCUGUGGUUCAGAUGUCAUCAACUACAUGGUUCCACUCUCCCGCCAGACAGACUUCUUUGUUCCAGAGAUGAAGGAGGAGGUCAAAACAGAUGUGAAAGAAGAGGACUCUGACGAAGACAGAGGAACUGACAUAACAGGAGCGGAUUCCCACAGUGACGUGAGCUCAGUGAGUGGCGGCGUACCCUGGGACAGCAGAGAGACAUCCUUGGCUGCCUCCACGGCUGCCUCCCUGGCCUCAUCCUUGCCUCUGAGGGACGUAAUGGAUGCAAAUGAAGACAUUAAGAACAGGGACCACAGCGACAGAGACUCGAACGAGUCUUUGGGCAGCGGCUCGUCCUUUGAAGAGCUCGACAUGGAUCAGGAGGAGCAGCAGCAGCAGGAGGAGGAGGGAGGAGAGAGGGAGGAGAAGGAAGACGGGGAGGAGAGGGAGCUCCCUGAGAGUGAAGCGGGAGCUCGAGAAGCAGUUGAACUGGUGGCUGAAAAGAAGGAGUCCUUGGGGGACGGAGAGCAGUAGGGAGGAUGCUGCAGAGAUAAGGGCGGAGGCCGUGUAACACUGGCAAGCCAGAGAAGUUCCUCAGUUAUUGCUGGUUUAUCUGUCAUUUAAUCUUGUUGGUGGAUCUAAAGCUAUUCAUGCCAUGACCAACAUGCCAUCUUUCUACGCCUUCUAAUUGUCUCUUUGAAGCCUGUAGGUUUUGUUAAACUAUAAUCAUUUUUUUAAAGAAAUUAUUCAUGAUCUUAUAUUUAAACAGUCAGAAUAGAACAGCGGACACCUUGAGUCAAACUAAAUGUCUCUGCAGCAAAUGAGGGCCAAGUAUUUUUUAAUUCUAUAUUUAAUUUUGUUAUUUUGACACUUAAGUUAAACAUCCACAUUGAAGUUAAGACAUUGGAUCAUGAUGCAGCUUGUGUGACGUGGAUAUUUUCCCCCACUGUCAUGUCUUGAGGAAAUUUAUGUCACGUGUUUGUGUGCAUUUCCUGACUUCGGUGUCUUGAUAAAUAGUAUUGACUUGGUUGAAAAUGUGCAGGAGUCUUGAAAUCUUGAUGGACCCAUAUCAUUGUGUGACUUUUCUUUCUAUUUUUGUGGAAAGUUUGGAAACUGUCAAUCACACAGGGGGAAUUCUGGAGUAAAACUUUUGUCGACACCAGUAAAGUAAAACCAACGAAUCCUCCAGAAGACUCCAAGUCAUCAGGACCAGGGUUUAUAUUAAACAAAAAAAAUAUGAAGUGUUUUCCCCUUGAAUACUGUACAGAUCAUUUUAUCAUCACCCUGCACUCAGAUAAUGGCUUUAGUUUUUCUCAUGGUAAUUUCCCCUUCUGUUGUUGGUUUGUUGAACCACCUCAGUUCUGUUCACUCACUUCCAGAGACUAGCUGUGAUAUGUUUGUAGACUGAAAACGUUGGUGCUGUGAGACAUUAGAAAUAAUGUACAGCACAUGGCCAUGGUUGUGUCUUUCUGUCUGUAAUAAAAAACUUCAAAUCAGA